CGGCUGUAUGCGCUACUCACACACCGAGAAAAGUGUAUGUGAAAGAGAGAGAGAGAGAGACGACAGAUAAUGUGUGUGUAAGUGAGUGAGAGAAGGAACGCUACUAGUGGAAUAGAGUGCAAGAGAGAGACGACUCACGGUAGCACCAGAAGACUCCUUGAGCUCACAAUCCAUCGGGCUUCAAGAACUAACGGCAACAAGAGGAUUAUUCUUGUUUUUUAAUUUCCUUUUUUUUUUUUUUUUACAUUUUUCUCUUCAUCUGCCUCCUGAGCAACACUUUACUUUUUGAGAGAUUUGAAGAGGUAUAAUACGUUUUUUUUCUGGAAUAGAGAGUUAAAAAAAAACAAAAAAAAAACUUUCCAUUUCUUGAAACGUUUAAAAGAAAAGCCCCAGUUUAUCGUCAGAAUACUUUCCGAGACUCGCUCACUGUUUCCACGCGCUCUGGGAGCGGGACAAAUACUUGUCAAACUGACUUUAAAAAAAAAUCCAUUAUAUAUAUAUAUUUUUUUAACUUAUUUAGGGCAAUUUCAAAUCAAACCAACAUGAGAUUUCAAAACGUUAAUUCAUCAGUGUACACUCUCGUUGAAUGAUCUCCUUCAUGAACGUUUUGAGGAGUUAUAUAGGACGUUUUAAAUGCCUUUUAUUUCACCCUACUGAUUGAUAGCCAAACUUUGAAACUGUGAGAGAGGGGAAGUAGUUUAGCGCAUCACCUGUUGAGCUUCCCACAGGCCUACUCACUCAACUCAAAUUCAAGUCGAUCUAUUUCAACAACAUUUGCUCUAUCGCAACUUUUUUUUUUUCAUAGUUAUAUUUCAUAAUCAAUCAAUUAUAAUCAAUCAAGUCCCUUUAUCGAUAACCAUCAAUUGAUUAUUGAUUAUCAUCAGAGCAUUUCCAAUUCCAUCCCUGAAACCCAACUUCUCCCAACGACAUCGUGGUGAGAUCAGGGGAUUUUCUUCCCACCAAUCACCAUCACUCAGACACCGACCCUUCCUCGCCAUGCUAUUCGAUAACUUUGACCUGGUGUCAGCCUUGGCCACCCUAGCGGCCUGCGCGGUGUCCAUGGCCCUCCUCCUAGUUGUGUCCCAGCAACUCUGGCAGCUCCGAUGGACAUCAACACGAGACAAAAACUGCAAGCUGCCGAUGCCUAAAGGUUCCAUGGGGUUCCCCAUCAUAGGAGAAACCUGCCACUGGCUCGUCCAGGGAUCGGCGUUCCACGCAUCAAGGAGGCAGAAGUACGGCAACGUCUUCAAGACCCACCUGCUGGGACGCCCCCUGAUCCGGGUCACCGGUGCAGAGAACGUCCGGAAGGUUCUAAUGGGAGAGCACACGUUGGUCAGCGUGGACUGGCCUCAGAGCACCUCGACCCUACUGGGACCCAACUCACUGGCGAACUCCAUAGGAGAUAUACACCGCAAGAGGAGAAAGGUCUUCUCCAAGGUGUUCAGUCAUGAGGCUCUGCAGUCCUACCUCCCUAAGAUCCAGCAGGUGAUCCAGGAGUCACUGAGGCUGUGGAGCUCCAACCCAGAACCCAUCAACGUCUACAGGGAAUCCCAGAGGCUGUCGUUCCACAUGGCAGUGAGGGUACUGCUGGGGUUCAGCGUAGCAGACGAGGAGAUGAGACACCUGUUCACCACCUUCCAGGAGUUCAUAGACAACAUCUUCACUCUGCCGUUGGACCUGCCAUUCAGUGGAUACAGGAAGGGCAUCUGUGCCAGGGACACACUCCAGAAGGGGAUAGAAAAGGCCAUCAGGGAGAAACCCCUCUGUUCCCAGGGGAAGGAUUAUAGCGACGCACUAGAUAUCCUACUGGAGAGCGCGAAAGAGAACGGCACCGAACUCACCAUGCAGGAACUCAAGGAGGCGACCAUCGAGCUGAUCUUCGCAGCGUUUGCCACCACGGCCAGUGCCUCCACCUCUCUCAUCAUGCAGCUCCUACGCCACCCUGCCGUGCUGGAGAAGUUACGAGAGGAGCUCCGGACCAGGGGGAUCCUCCACAACGGCUGUCUAUGCGAGGGGGAACUGGGUCUGGACACCAUCGUUAGUCUGAAGUAUCUGGACUGUGUGAUUAAGGAGGUGCUGAGGCUCUUCACGCCCGUGUCUGGGGGUUAUAGGACGGCCCUGCAGACCUUUGAACUAGACGGGGUACAGAUCCCGAAGGGUUGGAGUGUGAUGUACAGCAUCAGAGACACACACGACACCUCCUCCGUCUUCAAGGACGUGGACGCCUUCGACCCCGACCGCUUCUCCCAGGAACGCUGCGAGGACAAGGAGGGACGCUUCCACUACCUCCCGUUCGGCGGCGGCAUCCGCUCCUGUCUCGGGAAACAGCUCGCCACUCUCUUCCUCCGUAUACUGGCCAUCGAGCUGGCCAGCACCAGCCGGUUUGAGUUGGCGACCCGGAAUUUCCCUAGAGUGGUGACGGUGCCGGUGGUUCACCCGGUGGACGGGUUGAAGGUGAAGUUCUACGGUCUGGAUUCUAACCAGAAUGAGAUUUCAUCCGAUCUCCUAGCCGACAUCAAGACGGAAGAGCUCCCGGGAGCCGCGGUGUAGAUCGUUGAUCUGGAUUGGACGAAGCAAGGAGGAAGGAGGAAGGGAGGUAUGGAGGAGAAAGGAGAGAGAAGAGGAGGAUUGGUGGAGGAUAUGACAGAAAUAACAAAUGAGGAUGGGAGACUGGGAGGGGUUUAGUUUCCUCUUUUUUCAUUCUACUGAUGUCUUGGAAUGUUGGAGGUCUCCUUUGAACUCUAAAAAGGAACUUCAGAAUUCCGAUUUCUUCUCUCUGUCGUUUUGUUUGUCAGUUGUCAGAACUUUCUGGGAGAUAAAGAAGAACAGAAGCUGCCAAAAAAAAGUUUAUAAUCUCUAUUCCUUUUGUUUUCCAAUAAAUAUACAAAACUAUGUAUGACUAAAUUGAAAAGUUAUGUAAUAUAAUGAAUGAUUUAAAAAAAUAUAGAAAGUAACAUUAGGUGAAGUUUAGCGCAAUUAGGAAACAGAUUCAUGGAGAAGUGUAUUUGGAUGGAGGGAUGAAAUAAAUAAAGAAAGAAAGAAAGAAAGAAAGAAAGAAAGAAAGAAAGAAAGAAAGAAAGAAAGAAAGAAAGAAAGAAAGAAAGAAAGAAAGGAGGGAUAAAGGAUAAAACAGGGUAAAAUGGUUUAUGAACAUUUGGGAAAUAAUAAGAGUGGGGAAUCUGCACAAGUGAGAGAGAUGAUCUCAAUGUGAAAAAACAAGACAGAGAGAGAGACAGAGAGAGAGACAGAGAGAGAGAGAGAGAGACAGAGACAGAGAGAGAGAGAGAGAGAGAACAGAGAGAGACAGAAACAGAGAGAGAGAGAACAGAGAGAGACAGAAACAGAGAGAGAGAGAGAGAGAGAGAGAUGGGUAUAUUUUGUUUUAAGGCCUAGGGGUGAUAUAUGUAUUGCAUGGUGCUUUAGCUCCAGUCUUGACAAGCUAUAUCAUGUUCCUCCAGUCCUGCACUAACCUACCUGUCUUAAACAAUCAACCUAUCACCUAUCACAAUUCAGUCAAUUCGCCUGGGCUGGGUCUUAGCGCUGGGAUGGGUACAAAACCCAGGAACUGGACCUUGACUAUCUAGAAGUGGAGUUGAAACAGUGACCCUAGAGAACUUCAGGGAUGAAGGAGAUACUGGAACGGUAUUUCAGUGUGUUUAAUAACUCAGGUGGGGAAGCGGAUCUUUCCUUGGAUGGAUUUUAAGGACUUGAUUUCUUUAUUUUUUUACUGCACAUAAGAAAGUGACUCUAAGUUGUUAUUAACCACGUUCCUUCCUCUCCCCCCUUCCAACCCUCAAACCUGUGAUGUCAUAUGCAGACGUGUGUCUGUCAGUCGGGCCUGAGGACUGGGCUUCUGAUGGACAUAACAAAGCUAAGUCAGAGAGAGAGGGAGAGUGUCAUUGACCUCUGUGGAACGCCAUGGUGACAUUUUGACAUUGCUGCUCCUCUUUAUCAACACUAAAAUGCAAAAAAUAUUACAAACUUUAUUAGCUAACUAGAUUAAUAAACAACGUGCGCCGAUAUCAAAAUCAGUCUCAGAACUUAUUGCUAACUCAAACAUCAAGAAAUGUCCAUCAUGGAGACGGAAGGGUAACACUACCAAAACAGAACUCCUUCCUUUAUGACUCAUCAAUAGAACACUUCUGGGUGUCACAAACAUUCCGGAACAAUCCCGUAAAAACAACUUUCCCGGAAUCGUUGGACAGUUGUGGACACACCUACUAAUUUCCAUGUUUCUUCUUUAUUUUUUUUUUACUAUUUUCUACAUUGUAGAUAGUGAAGACAUCAGAAACUAUGAAAUAACACGGAAUGGAAUCAUGUAGAAACCAAAAAAAAAAAAAUAUUAAUAAUUAAAACAAAUGAAAAUAUAUUUUAUAUUUGAGAUUCUUUAAAGUAGCCACCCUUUGCCUUGAUGACAGCUUUGAACACUUUUGGCAUGCCUGUCUAUAACAAUAAUAAUAAUGUAAUAUAAUAAUGUCUAUAAUGUUAUAUAGACUUAUAUAUCCUGUGACCAACCACACCACUGAUUAUUUAUACUUACCAUAAGUACAGUGAGCUGCUUCUGUGUUUCUAGCUGAGAGUUCUAGAACUGCUAAGAUAUAUAGAUUGCAAGUGAGAUUCUUCCCCAAUUUUUAUCUUAUUUUUUUAUUAUUAUUAUUAUUAUUGUUAUUAUUUUAUUUUUUAUUAUUUUUAUUUUUUUUGAAAAGUAAGACAGUGACGGGCUGUUUAUGUUAAAUCCGAUUCUUCUGUUUAACAAGCCAUGGGGUAACAUCUGUUUAAUAAUAUUAUCAUGAUUGGUAUUAUUCACUAUUAAUAUUUGUCAUUGAAUUAAAAUAUUAUAAUAAGUUUUAUUAUAUUUUCAGAAUAGAGUUCAAGUAUAAAUUACAAAAGUAUUUUUGUUGGUAAAUAUUGUUAUAUUUAGUAUGAUACGAAUAAUUUCCGUUAUAUAUUGUAAAACAUUGCUGAAUGUGUUAAUAUUGCUUAUUGUAUUAGAUAUUAUUAUGUUGGGUUAUUAUUAUUAUUACAAUUAUUAUUAUCAUUACAUUAAUUAAUUAUUAGAAUUAAGAAGUUAAGCACUUGCGAGGUAUGUUAUUAUGGAAGUGUCACAUGACUGUCACAUGACUGUCACAUGACUGUCACAUGAUUACAUUGGUUCUUUUAUCUGAAUGCAUCCCAAAUGGCUCUGGUCUAAAGUAGUGCACUAUAUAGGGAAUAGGGCUCUGGUCUAAAGUAGUGCACUAUAUAGGGAAUAGGGCUCUGGUCUAAAGUAGUGCACUAUAUAGGGAAUAGGGCUCUGGUCUAUAGUAGUGCACUAUAUAGGGAAUAGGGCUCUGGUCUAAAGUAGUGCACUAUAUAGGGAAUAGGGCUCUGGUCUAAAGUAGUGCACUAUAUAGGGAAUAGGGCUCUGGUCUAAAGUAGUGCACUAUAUAGGGAAUAGGGCUCUGAUCUAAUGGAGUGCACUAUAUAGGGAAUAGAGCUCUGGUCUAAAGUAGUGCACUAUAUAGGGAAUAGAGCUCUGGUCUAAAGUAGUGCACUAUAUAGGGAAUAGGUCUCUGGUCUAAAGUAGUGCACUAUAUAGGGAAUAGGGCUCUGGUCUAUAGUAGUGCACUAUUUAGGGAAUAGGGCUCUGGUCUAAAGGAGUGCACUAUAUAGGGAAUAGAGCUCUGGUCUAAAGUAGUGCACUAUAUAGGGAAUAGGUCUCUGGUCUAUAGUAGUGCACUAUAUAGGGAAUAGGGCUCUUGUCUAAAGUAGUGCACUAUAUAGGGAAUAGGGCUCUGGUCUAAAGUAGUGCACUAUAUAGGGAAUAGGGCUCUGGUCUAUAGUAGUGCACUAUAUAGGGAAUAGGGCUCUGGUCUAAAGUAGUGCACUAUAUAGGGAAUAGGGCUCUGGUCUAAAGUAGUGCACUAUAUAGGGAAUAGGUCUCUGGUCUAUAGUAGUGCACUAUAUAGGGAAUAGGGCUCUGGUCUAAAGUAGUGCACUAUAUAGGGAAUAGGGCUCUGGUCUAAAGGAGUGCACUAUAUAGGGAAUAGGGCUCUGGUCUAAAGUAGUGCACUAUAUAGGGAAUAGUGCUCUGGUCUCAAGUAGUGCACUAUAUAGGGAAUAGGGCUCUGGUCUAUAGUAGUGCACUAUAUAGGGAAUAGGGCUCUGGUCUAAAGUAGUGCACUAUAUAGGGAAUAGGGCUCUGGUCUAAAGUAGUGCACUACAUAGGGAAUAGGGCUCUGGUCUAAAGUAGUGCACUAUAUAGGAAAUAGGGCCCUGGUCUAUAGUAGUGCACUAUAUAGGGAAUAGGGCUCUGGUCUAAAGUAGUGCACUAUAUAGGGAAUAGGGCUCUGGUCUAAAGGAGUGCACUAUAUAGGGAAUAGGGCUCUGGUCUAAAGUAGUGCACUAUAUAGGGAAUAGUGCUCUGGUCUCAAGUAGUGCACUAUAUAGGGAAUAGGGCUCUGGUCUAUAGUAGUGCACUAUAUAGGGAAUAGGGCUCUGGUCUAAAGUAGUGCACUAUAUAGGGAAUAGGGCUCUGGUCUAAAGUAGUGCACUAUAUAGGGAAUAGGGCUCUGGUCUAAAGUAGUGCACUAUAUAGGGAAUAGGGCUCUGGUCUAAAGUAGUGCACUAUAUAGGGAAUAGGGCUCUGGUCUAAAGUAGAGUACUAUAUAGGGCUCUGGUCUAAAGUAGUGCACUAUAUAGGGAAUAGGGCUCUGGUCUAUAGUAGUGCACUGUAUAGGGAAUAGGGCUCUGGUCUAAAGUAGUGCACUAUAUAGGGAAUAGGGCUCUGGUCUAUAGUAGUGCACUAUAUAGGGAAUAGGGCUCUGGUCUAAAGUAGUGCACUAUAUAGGGAAUAGGGCUCUGGUCUAAAGUAGUGCACUAUAUAGGAAAUAGGGCUCUGGUCAAAGUAGUGUACUAUAUAGGGAAUAGGGCUCUGGUCUAAAGUAGUGUACUAUAUAGGGAAUAGGGCUCUGGUCUAUAGUAGUGCACUAUAUAGGGAAUAGGGCUCUGGUCUAAAGUAGUGUACUAUAUAGGGAAUAGGGCUCUGGUCUAUAGUAGUGCACUAUAUAGGGAAUAGGGCUCUGGUCUAAAGUAGUGCACUAUAUAUGGAAUAGGGCUCUGGUCUAAAGUAGUGCACUAUAUAGGAAAUAGGGCGCCAUUUGGGGUGCAACCUCUGUCUGUCUGUCUGUCUGUCUGUCUGUCUGUCUGUCUGUCUGUCUGUCUGUCUGUCUGUCUGUCUGUCUGUCUGUCUGUCUGUCUGUCUGUCUGUCUGUCUGUCUGUCUGUCUGUCUGUCUGUUCCUAAUAUGUUUAUUUUAUUUUCCAGAUCGCAACAAUUUUAAUUAGUUUAAAUAUGAAUGUUUUUUCAUCUUUUUGUCACCGUUAUUCUUACAUGUAAUAAAAUAUAAUGUGAAAUUAA